UUGGAUUUUUUACAUCAUAUCCCAACCAAGGGGAUAUGAUACAAUGGGGGGGGUGGUAUUGUAUAUCCUCCACUUUUGGGGGAUAUACAAUCCCACCGGAUAUUAUAUCCCCUUCAAAAAAAAAUUACAAACAUGGGAUAUAUGGACCCCACCGGAUAUAAUAUCCAAUCCCAAUCUUCAUAUCCCCCAAUCAAACAGGGCCUUAGUAUCUAGAAAUGAUAAUUAACUUAUGAAAGCGCCAGAUUUAUGGGUUUGAGAGGCUUAGUGAUUGAGUAUCAGCUGGAACAUUAAUAUUUUGAUUUUGCUUACUUUCUGUUAGCAAGUAUUUUAAUAUUAUAAUGUGUUUUUUGGUUUCCUUCAUGUCUUAUCCUUUUAAGUCUUCCUAGUCUCUCCAUUCUUAUCCAUCUAAAUCUUCCAAGAUAAGGUUUGCCAAGACUUAUCCAUUCAAGUCUUCUCCUAGUCCUCCCAAGACUUAUCCAUUCCAAGUCUUCCUAGAUAAGCUUCCAAGGUUUUGGUCAAGUCUCCUGUUAUCUUAUCCACCAAGAAUCUUGCAUAUUAAGUUUCCUUUCUAUAUAUAUUGAGCUUAUCUCCUGUCUUGACAUAUACGAGUGAAGGAGUUUUUGUUGCUUUGUUAUGACUUGUGUGAGAUUAUCAGGCAAAUAAAAAGGGUGUGUGUGAUAAAGUUUUGGGUUCAACCAAUUGUGCAGUAUUAGUUAACCAUACGACUUAGUCGGGCUGUUGUAUCCUGGGGGGACAAGUCAAGGUUUUUUCUGCUGCACCUGUGUAAGGCUUUGCCUAAUCGCAGAUGGCUUGAAUCUCCUUAAAUAGAGCGAAUUUCUCGCGCCUCAGCCCUUUCAAUAAUUAUUGUAAUUUUUAUUAUUUUGUAUUUUCUGGUGUUUUAUUUGUAAUUAUCCCCAACAAUUUUAAGGAGAUUCAAAUAGCAAAAAGCCAUGGAGCCAGUACUGGAGAAACCCAACGAGAAUACCGGCGAUAUCAACAAGCCCUUCCGGUUCAAGGGAGCCCAUUUCAAGAGAUGGAAAGGCAAGGUGUUUUUCUACCUCAGUCUCCUCAAGGUGGCUUAUAUCCUGACGGAGAAAAAUCCGAACAAAGUCCUGAGUAUAAAUGUCGAUACUAUUUUUUAAACUAUUUUUCAGAUCAAUUUUAUGAUUGUUAUGAUACUACUUACACCACUGCCAAGAAAAUUUGAAAAGCCUUGCAGAACAAAUAUGACACUGAAGAGGCAGGUGCUAAAAAAUAUGCUGCAAGCCGUUUUUUCUGCUAUCAAAUGAUAGAUGGAAAAUCAGUGGUGGAGCAAGUUCAAGAUUUUCAGAUGUUAGUAACUGAAGUUAGAUCUGAAGGCAUCAAAAUUGGAGACAAUCUUGUUGUAGCAGGUAUUGUUGACAAACUUCCAUCAUCUUGGAGGGAGUUCUAGAAGUCGAUGCGUCACAAGCAAAAAGAGACAUCCUUGGAGACUCUAAUCACAAGGAUUCGGGUGGAGGAGGAAGCACGAGGACAAGAUGCACUUAUGACACAAGAGCACUCCACUGCUAAGCAAAGUGACGGGCAACAGUGGGGCUGGCAUGCCUUCUGACCAUAAACAGUCGCCGCUACUAAGAAAGAUAGCACUGAGAGAUGUCCAGAAUGAUAAUAGAAGUUUGAUAUGUAAUCAUCCAGGAAAUUCCCCCAUUCUGGGUGGAAAAUCCAUCACAGAUGCAAUCAAGGUUGCUGGAACUAAGAGACUCACACCUGAGUGCCCUUUAAGCCCCCCUUUUGGCCCUUCCUCGAGCAAAAAUGGUGUAAAAGAUCAUUUCAUGAAUGCCUGAAGAAAGUUUGAUUCAGAGCCAGGCAAAAAAAUUCAGGACAGUACGGACAAAAGUGCUGAUAACCUUCAGUCGAGCUCAAAGCAUUCUUGCCACAAGCAACAGGAAUUACCUCGACAGCAGACUCAGAUGAGGGAGAGCAAUUUGUUUUGUUCUCCUGUAGUUAGACCAAAUCAUAUGGCUUCAAUGAUGGACUUUAUGUGCGGUGGAUCUCCAGUUCCCAUUAAGGUCAACUCAGAGGUCUGUCAUUCAACUGAUUCUAAGGCUACCAAUGAUCAACAAAAAACAGAACGGUUUAUUCAUUUGCAGAAGGUCUUGAAGCAGUGUGACGAGUCUAAUCAGAGGGAUUAUAUCCAGAUGCUUCUAAAUUUGUCGCCGGCUGAACUUAGCAGACACGCAGUUGGGUUGGAGAAAAAAGCAAUACAGCUAACGGUGGAAGAAGGGAAACAGAUGCAACGGAUGAAGGCUCUAAAUAUAUUGGGGAAAUCUGGCCCAAUGAACAACCCAUUGCUGACAACUCAACAACCGCAAUCUAAGAAAUGAAAAUUCACAGUCGCAAUCUGUUGCCAAUUGGUGAUUAACAAUGAAACGAGUGAUCAGGUUUGCCUCAUCUACUUCACAGGGAUGAAGUUUGAUGUUGAUUCCAUUUCCUUUUUGGACAUCAGUUACUCCAACCCAUAUGGCUGCUUGACAAGUGUUUCUGUUGGCUUUCCUUCGGAGAAAAUUAUUUCCAAAGCUAAUAAAAAUCACAGAGCACAUUUAGGAGUUGUUUGGGAUGAUCUAAAUAAGUAUAUUUUUUGACUUUUUAUGAAAUAUGGGUUAGGUUUGAAGUGAUGUGGUAUAGAGGUGAUGAGACUUAAAUAAGAGGAUAUGACUUAAAUAAGAUAGUGACUUUUUAAUUUUUUUAGAAAAUGCCAAACCUAGCCGUAAUUUAUCUUGAGACGCUGGGGGAGGUGCCUAGUCUUGUCGGCACCCAUAGGUUGUUGCUCUUCAGAUGGCAAUAUGCUGCUCAUUAUUUUUUAAUUACUCUUCGUCAAAUGCAGUAUGUUCUACAGAUUCAAAUGAAUUAAUGUUGUAACAUUUUUUGUUUUAAUUUAACUCUGCUUUUUUAAUGUUCCAAAUUUUAUGAUUAUGAAAUGUAUCAUAUCUUUUUAC